GCCACCGUCCGCGAGCCGGGCCGGACGUGACGUCCGCGCACUUCCGCCGCCGUCGGGGGCUGCGGGGGCUCUGUGGUUCCGGGGCUGCGCUAGCCUCUUACCUUUAGGAGAACAUUUUGUGAUGUUGGUGCCUCAGAACCAUAACCAUGAGUGAAUUUCGGAUUCACCAUGACGUCAAUGAACUGCUUAGCCUGCUGCGUGUCCAUGGAGGAGAUGGGGCUGAGGUCUACAUUGACCUGCUUCAAAAGAACAGGACCCCGUACGUCACUACCACCGUCUCUGCUCACAGCGCCAAGGUUAAAAUUGCAGAGUUCUCUCGUACUCCAGAAGACUUUCUAAAGAAAUAUGACGAACUGAAAUCUAAAAAUACGAGGAACCUUGACCCGCUGGUGUACCUGCUCUCAAAGCUCACGGAAGACAAAGAGACUCUGCAGUACUUACAACAGAAUGCAAAAGAAAGAGCUGAGCUCGCAGCCGCCACUGUGGGCAGCAGUGCCACCAGCAUCAGCGUCCCUGCAGCGGCCUCCAAGAUCUCCAUGCAGGAGCUCGAGGAGCUGAGAAAGCAGCUUGGCAGUGUGGCCACCGGCUCCACACUGCAGCAGUCUCUGGAACUUAAAAGAAAGAUGCUUCGAGACAAGCAGAACAAAAACAAUUCAGGCCAGCACCUCCCCGUCUUCCCAGCGUGGGUGUACGACAGACCUGCACUGAUAGGAGAUUUCCUGACUAGCUCCGGCGUCAGCACAGACACGGCUUUGCCAAUAGGUACGCUGCCCCUGGCCUCACAGGAGUCGGCCGUGGUGGAGGACCUGCUGUAUGUGCUGGUGGGCGUGGACGGGAGGCACGUCACUGCUCAGCCCCUGGCCGGGAGGCAGAGCCGGACCUUCCUCGUGGACCCCAACCUGGACCUGUCCAUCAGGGAGCUGGUGAACAGGAUCCUGCCGGUGGCUGCCAGCUACUCCACCGUGACUAGGUUCAUCGAAGAGAAGUCUUCCUUUGAGUAUGGGCAGGUGAACCACGCCCUGGCGGCCGCCAUGCGCACCCUGGUCAAGGAGCACCUGAUCCUGGUGUCACAGCUGGAGCAGCUGCACAGGCAGGGCCUCCUGUCGCUGCAGAAGCUCUGGUUCUACAUCCAGCCGGCCAUGCGCACCAUGGACAUCCUCGCCUCCCUUGCCACCUCGGUGGACAAAGGCGAGUGUCUUGGGGGGUCCACACUGAGCCUGCUUCACGACAGGAGCUUCAGCUACACGGGGGACAGCCAGGCGCAGGAGCUGUGCCUGUACCUGACCAAGGCGGCCAGUGCUCCCUACUUCGAGGUUCUGGAGAAGUGGAUCUACAGGGGCAUCAUCCAUGACCCGUACAGCGAGUUUAUGGUUGAGGAGCAUGAGCUUCGGAAAGAGCGAAUCCAGGAGGAUUACAAUGACAAGUACUGGGACCAGCGGUACACCGUCGUGCAGCCACAGAUCCCAUCCUUCCUGCAGAAGAUGGCGGACAAAAUCCUCAGCACAGGCAAAUACCUAAACGUGGUCAGAGAGUGUGGCCACGACGUCACCUGCCCAGUGGCUAAAGAGAUCAUCUACACGUUAAAGGAGCGGGCGUACGUGGAGCAGAUCGAGAAGGCGUUUAACUACGCCAGCAAGGUGCUGCUGGACUUCCUGAUGGAGGAGAAGGAGCUGGUGGCACACCUCAGGUCCAUCAAGCGCUACUUCCUCAUGGACCAGGGGGACUUCUUUGUGCACUUCAUGGACCUCACGGAGGAGGAGCUCCGGAAGCCGGUGGAGGACAUCACGCCCCCCCGCCUGGAGGCGCUGCUGGAGCUGGCGCUGCGCAUGAGCACGGCCAACACCGACCCCUUCAAGGAUGACCUCAAGAUCGACCUGAUGCCUCAUGACCUCAUCACUCAGCUCCUGCGCGUUCUGGCCAUCGAGACGAAACAGGAGAAGGCGAUGGCCCAGGCCGACCCCACUGAGCUGACGCUGAGCGGCCUGGAGGCCUUCUCUUUCGACUACAUCGUCAAAUGGCCCCUUUCACUCAUCAUCAACAGGAAAGCCCUCACUCGCUACCAGAUGCUCUUCAGGCACAUGUUCUACUGCAAGCACGUGGAGCGGCAGCUCUGCAGCGUCUGGAUCAGCAACAAAACCGCCAAGCAGCACUCGCUGCACUCCGCCAAGUGGUUUGCUGGGGCGUUCACUCUGCGGCAGCGAAUGCUCAACUUUGUCCAGAACAUUCAGUACUACAUGAUGUUCGAAGUGAUGGAACCGACCUGGCACAUCCUGGAGAAAAACCUGAAAUCCGCCUCCAACAUCGACGACGUGCUGGGCCACCACACGGGCUUCCUGGACACCUGUCUGAAGGACUGCAUGCUCACCAACCCCGAGCUGCUGAAGGUCUUCUCCAAGCUCAUGUCUGUGUGCGUCAUGUUCACCAACUGCAUGCAGAAAUUUACACAGAGCAUGAAAUUGGACAGCGAGCUGGGCGGGCAGACGCUGGAGCAUGGCACCAUCCCAGGACCUCCUGCAGGGGCUGAGGAGCGGGUGCGGAAGGAGCUCGCCAGGAAGCACCUGGCGGAGCAUGUGGACGCUGCACAGCUCGUGUCCGGCUUCGAGGCCACCAUCAACAAGUUUGACAAGAACUUCUCAGCCCACCUGCUGGACCUCCUAGCCCGGCUGAGCAUCUACAGCACCAGUGACUGUGAGCACGGCAUGGCCAGCGUCAUCUCCAGGCUCGACUUCAACGGCUUCUACACAGAGCGCCUGGAGCGCCUGUCUGCGGAGAGGAGCCAGAAGGUCGUCCCCCAAGUGCCUGUCCCUCGGGGGCCCCCGGUUCCUGCACCCAGGGUCGCGGUCACUGCGCAGUGAGCCAUGGCCGCGACAGGAAGAAGGCGUGGGGGUCAGCAGCUGCUGGGGUGCAGAUGGGUCCCGAAUGUUCAAACGGAAAUGCUCCGUGUCCUGUCUUUGCAGUUUAAAUAUAAACAGAACGAUCGACGCAGCUCAUUUUG